CUGGGUAGCUUCCCUGGUGGAGCCUCAGUAUUUACAUCAAUAUUAACAGAAGCUUGUCCGCGGUGCUGUCCAGCUCAGACAGACAGACAGGGAGUCCGCCCGUCGUUAGGACUUCUCUUGUGCAUUUCGGAGCUGUUUCCUAUGAUGUUGGCGAGUGAUAUCCGUCUGCCGUGUGCACUGCAGUGGUGCGCAGCUUCGCCUGGAGAAACACCUGUGCGCCUCUCCUCUCCACUGGCCACAGUCAUGAAUGUUCAAUAGGGAACAGAUAACCCUGAGGCGCGGCGUCUGUCUGCAUUCGUCUGAGAGGAGCGGAGAGGGGAGCAGCACGAGCACCGCACAGCCAGACAUCAUGCACGGAGAAGCCUUCCCUCGCUGCAGAGCGCUGAGAUGCUAGGACUGAGGAGCCAGUGUGUCAGAUCGAAUCAGCAGACUGUUUACAUCAGGGGGGCCGAUAAGAGCCGCUUGACACUCGACUCGCUAACACCCCGCGCGUGGUUCAAGACCUCUUUCACUCACAGUCAGGAAAAAGGCGUUAACUGAUCCUUCAUCAGCACUUUAUUUUUCUGUCAGAUUCAGCAAUCCAGAAUCAAGCCGGAAUGGAGUGGUCUCUGGAGAGCGUGCGGGAGAUGGUGGCCGGGGGGAUGCAGUCCAUAAGGGAGUGUGAGAUCUGUGCUUUUGCCAUCGCCAUGUGUGUGCUGCUGCUCUUCAUGUGGUAUUGUUACAGGGUGGGCCGGGAGCACGGCUCCAGCCCGCUGAGAGGGAGGUAUCUGGCCGGGUCGGGCCGGAUCGGAGGGGUGGUGGGGGGCUUCAUGAGUUCGGACUGUCGCGGCCGGGGGAAGGGGAAGCACGGGUCGCUGUUGGAGGAGCAGAACGGCUUCGCUUUCUGCCAGUCGUCCGAGUGCUUCCGCUGCACGAGCGCCGGGGAGAGUCUGAACCAGAGGCUGUAUCACAGCCUGCAGGAUUACGCCAAGCGCUAUACCUGGUCGGGUAUGGGGAGGGUGCACAAGGGGGUCCGGGACCAAGGCCGGUACCUGAACAGCCGACCCACCAUCCAGCGGCCAGAGGUCUUCUUCCUGCCCGACCUACCGUCGGCCCCUUUCUUCUCCAGAGAAAUACAGAGACAUGACGUGGAGCUGCUGGAGCAGAGCUUCCCCGCCCUCCUGGCCGAGUUCGAGAGCAUCUACCACCAGCCGCCGGCCCGCAGCGGCUCCUCCCUCCCGCCGGGGUGGAAAGCCAACAACACCCCUCGAGGGCAGUGGUGGACCUACUACCUGGUCAACCAGGGCACCCCGCUGGUCCUCAAUGUCAGGAGGUGUCCCCGGGCGUGGAGGGUGCUGGGCCAGCUGCGCACCUUCAUCGCAAACAACGUGUUUGGCAACGCCUGCUUCUCCGUGCUGACGCCCGGAGCGCUCAUCACCGAGCAUUACGGGCCGACAAAUGUCAGGCUGCGCUGCCACCUGGGUCUCAGAGUGCCCCCCUCCUGUGAGCUCGUCGUCGGUGGAGAGCCACAGUGCUGGUCUGAGGGCAGCUGUCUGCUUUUCGACGACUCUUUCCUCCACAGGGCUUUUCACGAGGGCGGUGCAGAGGACGGCCCCAGGGUGGUCUUCAUGGUGGACCUGUGGCACCCGAACGUGGCUGCGGCAGAGAGACAAGCCUUGGACUACAUUUUUACUCCCGGCCGUUUAGAGGACAAGGAGGGAAAAUAGGUGUGAGUGUGAAACCAUGUCGUUUAGGGAAGUGUGUGUAGGACUGGGGAGCAACUGGGUUUCUGCCUCUAGACCAGCUCUCAUGUUCACUGUGUACAUAUUCUCCGGCUCUUACACUAUUGCUCAUACGUCUUCUUUAGCAGAUGACGAAACAUUGGGCCUCUUUUAUCAGUCGUGUUUAUGCCUGUAUAGUUGUUUGAAAUUAUGCCAUAAUUUAAAGUGCAUCCUUCUUCUUUUUUUCCAAACCUUCGGUCACAGUAGUUCACCGAGCCAUUUGAAUAAUGUAUAUUACUACCAUGGCAGGGACACUGUUGCUUAUUUAUUGCUGUUUUUUUAAACUUUGAAUCAUUGAAUGUUUGUUUGUAUAAAGAUGAAUGAUGUGAUUGAACAGUAGAAAUGUUGCUCAGCAGUUAGCUUCCAACAGCUAGGUGUGUUUCCCAUUUUUAUCACUUCUAUAGCCAACUCUUAACAAUCCUAAAACAACUCAUGAUACAUUUAUUUAUUAGUUAAAACAGUUCAGCAGUGUAGAGAUGAAUUCAAGAUAGAAAGCACAGUAAAUUACAGAAAUAUUUAACGGCUCUUAGUGAGUCAAAAGAAACAAUGAGAGACUGUUCUGGGUCCAAAGGUUAAGGUUUUCUAUUCUCUGUGAAGGAGCUGGAACCUUUGACUAAACAUUCACGAGCCCCAACUUUCUUCCAAGCCUUAAAAAGGGUGCAUGACAGCAUGUGACACCGACACAUAUUCUGCAAAGGGCUACAUAAUUUGGUAAUUCAACGUUUUGUAUUCCAAUCAUAUCCAUUAGAAUUUUUGGUUCAUAUACCAAGACACAGUUUUGCACAAACGUCUCUUUCUUCCAAAAGCAAACAUCUUCACUUAUCGGACAAACUUUAGACUGUUUACUCUGUUAUGAAUGACUGGACACUCUCCUGCUUACUGAAUGUUGACACGCUGUCACUGAUUGUAAAGCAUUGCAUAAAACCACAACGCCAUUGAUGCUCGAAUGAUUUGUCAGUCUGCUGUGUGAAACGGUUUUACACCUCAAGCCAUGUUCACCCAGUAGUAUAUAAUCAAUUAUUAGAUUAUGAACCGGUUGCGCAGUGUUGUGUUGCAUUCUGGUUCAAUUAGAAACUAUUUCAAAUGAACAUGCAUUGCAUAUAGUGCUGCAAUAAAAAGAUCCUUUGCAUAUCAGUAUGCCGGCGAUCAGUCGUAUGUAGUUUGGUAACUGAGGUCCAAUGUCAAUCAUGAUUUGAAUGUUUACAGACGCAGCUAAUGUCUCUGUCCUGACUCCUGCCGGUGUGGUAGUUAGUCGUGCUCCCCUUCGAAAAUCGGUCCCGCUCUCACAAGACAUGGUUAGAUAAGCACAUUUUUAGCUGAAUUUGUGUGAGUCGGCCUGUGCUGUAACGCCGAAGAUGACGCGUUUUUGCUGAAUUUACUAAACUCUUGUAAUUUGGUUGCAUUUGAUAUCGAGUUUGUAUUCUUGUAAAUAUGGCUGAAGGCGAAGAGGAAAAAAAAAAAAAAAAAACCUGGAAAGGUUUGAGAUGUUUUGGAAUGAUUGUCUUCAGUGCUUCAACAAUUGUGUUGUCUUGAUUUAAAGCUGCAGUGGCUGCAUUUCAUCGUCAGAACGCCCACCAUGAAUCCAUUUUGAUAGACUGAAUUUGUAUAUUCUGUAAAAUGUUUAUGAAGUACUAUCUCUGUUGUUCUGUGAUGGGUUUUAUUUAAUCAUUGUGUUUUAGCAGCGCCAUUAUUAAAGCAACAACUCCUAAUUCAUCAACAGCUUCCCACCGAUAUAUAAUGUCUCAAAGGUAGUGAAAAUCAACCUCCAGCUGUUGCUGCUCCUCGCAAAUUCAACUUAACCAUCAAUUCUGUUCUGAUGUUUACAAAAAAGGCGAUCAUUUGUGAGCUGUUUACAUUGGACGGCACUGACACUCACAUUGAGAUGUCCAUGAUUGGGUGGAAAAUCAGGAGUGCUGUGAAUUCUGAAAAUGGUCAUUCCCAAAGCAUUUGCUUAUACAGUCUUAUGGUGGGGCAACCAUUUGUUUACAUGUGGAUCAAGGAUUUGUCCUUUAGCACAUUCUUGUGUGGAUUUUGAACAGUAUUUCUGUACAUUUAAUAAAUGGUGGAGUAUCUUAUUUAA